CGUUUCACAUCUUACUUUUGUUUCUCUCUCUAAAAAUUACCCUCAUUCCCUGUACUGGUCACGGGGUUCUCCUCUAUUACUUAUUCCAGUAUUGCUUUGAUGUAAGAAAUUUAAUCAGAAUCAAAACCAUGCCUAUGAGUCUAUGAUCAAAUGCGUAAAGCUUCGUUAAAUCCAUGUUUCAGUAAGAAUCAUGUGUUGUUUCAACCAUUUUUUCGAGGUUAAAUGCGAUUUUGUUAUUAGUUUUUUUUAAAAAAAUAAUAUGAUUUUGUUAUUAUCGGGUUCCAUUUUUCUGUUUUUUUCCUUCAGUAGCUUCUCUUGUCUUGUAUUUGAAGUUGUGAUGAAUGCUAUGCCCUAAUAGAAACUUGUCCUUGUUUUCUUCUGAGUUAUUGAAUGUCAUGUGAAAGAAAUUCAGUGGGUUUCCCCCAUUUUUUCUGUUUUAACAAACUCCUUUGAGAAAUACUUGUAAAAGUUCUUUCAAAUGACCCUUGAGAGGUAUUGGAAUAAUUACUUAGUCUUUAUGAAUUUGUGUUUCAAAGCCCCCGGGAUGAAGUCUUCUUGAACUAUUUCAACAUAUCACAUAUCAGUUCCAUUUAAUUUUCUUUUGCAGUGGCCCGCUUUCCAGUAAUGCAUAUUUCUUUGCUUCUGCAACUCCUACUGCAUUAUUCACCAGGUUUUCCAUCCAAUUGUUUACAUUGCAAGCACUACUCGGAUAAAAAAUAUAUUCAUUGUGAUCCAUUUUUUAACAAGAGAUGAAUAGUCUAGGCAUGAAACCGCCCAUAUUGUCAUUAGGGUUAUUUCGGUUUUCAUCGAAAUAAAUGUGUGAUGGAAACCCACAUUCAUCUAUAACAGAGAUAAGGUAUGUAUGGUGUUGUACUUAAAUAAUUUAAAGUUUGAUGUUGAUCUUAUGUUUUUCUAUGAAAUUCUAGUUCCUCCACAGUUUGUCUUGUUUUGUAAUGUGAAGCAACCGUGUUUUCUUUCUUCAAUUCGUGGAUAACUUGGGCUUUACACCUACUGAACCAGUGUAAAUGAGUUUCCUUUAUAAAAGAUUGCAAGGAAAGUGAAGAGGUAUUGCUGUCAGGGGAAGUACGGAGUGGAGAUAGCGGUGUUUAACUCCAUAUGAGGACUGGGUAGACUCUCGCUGGUAGAGCUGAUUAAUUCUGUGGAAUGGCUAGUAAGGCAACUCAGUGUGGGUGGCCUGUUUAUCUCUACAUCCCCAAUCUUAUUGGAUAUGCAAGAAUAGUUGCGAACUCCGUUGCAUUUGGGUAUUGCUUUUCUGACAAGAAGAUCUUCACUAUUCUUUAUAUUGUCAGUUUUGUGUGUGAUGAGCUAGAUGGCCGGUUUGCUCGCAUGUUCAAUCAAGUGUCAACAUUUGGAGCUGUCCUCGACAUGGUAACGGAUAGGGUAAGCACUGCCUGUCUAUUGGUGGUCUUGUCUCAUUUCUACAGAUCUUGCUUUGGUUUCUUCUUGUUUUUGCUUGCCUUGGAUAUUGCUAGCCACUGGUUACAAAUGUACAGUACAUUUUUAUCAAGCAAGGUUAGCCACAAAGAUGUCAAAGAUAGCACAAGUUGGCUGCUCAGAGCAUACUAUGGGCACCGCUUGUUCAUGGGAUACUGCUGUGUUGGAUCUGAGGUUCUCUAUAUUGUCCUCUUUCUUCUCUCUACAAAUGAGUCGGAAAGUGUGAUUAAUGUUCUUGUGAAUGCCACAAAGCAAGGGGUUGUUCUCUCUAUUCCGGCUCUUGUAGCACUGCCUGGAUGGGCUAUCAAACAAGUGGUCAAUGUCAUACAGAUGAAGACAGCUGCCGAUGUGUGUGUUAAAUAUGAUAUGAACCGAAGAGAGAGGCCUUGAGGAGGCGAAGCAUGGGAUUUUUCUUCCAUUGUUGGUUUGUUUUGCCCAAUCCUUCUCAGUGUAUGAAGUCCCAUACAAGAGAUUUUCAGUGGACGUGGUUUGACAGCUUCAAAUAUUUAUGAGCGAAGGAUUGUGUGAAGCGUUUGUUGCAUUUGUACUCAAGAAUUCUUGAUGCUAUACUUAAAUGUCCGCCAUAAUUAGACGUUCAUUUGAUUGGUUUAUUUAAGCAGAUUAGAUGUGUAUUUGACUCGUCUGUUGAUUAGAAGCUAGGUCUUUUUCUUUUUUUAAUGUUAACUUCGUUUCAUUUCUGUAAAUGCUUUUACUAGUAUAUUCGAAGGGGUGCACAAAAAGCCCUUAAGACUGUUGGGCUAUACAGUGCAAAUUUGUAGUA